GGUGAAAAUCGAACGCUAAAUUCCUCGAGUAAUUUACACCACCGUUCCAAUACAUUCGUAAAAUCAUUAAUGUGGAUAGUAAAAAAAAAAACUAGCUAUAGACAUAAAAUAUUUAUUUUAUUGAUAAUCUCAAACAACUUGUUUUUUUUUUUUUUUAAUUAAAUCUACCCUCCCAUUCCAUUCCAUCCAUGGGAAUUGGCAAUUUGGCAUGCACUUGAAUGCUAGUUAUGGGCACAAACCUAACACUGUCAUUACUGAGCUAAUCCAAAUCCAGCAAACGCACAUUUUAUAUAUUUGGAAACUACAGAGAGGCGCCGAUGGCAGCGACACUAAGCAAUACGCCAAGUGUUUGGGCCCUCCCUUCCCUUCCAUUACGUGGAUGCUCAAUACUCAGUCAUCCUCUCCUUCCUUCCAAUUUCCAAUUUCCAAACAAGAUUAAUAUUCCCUUCUGCGUUUCGUUUCUACCCAUCCCGCAUCUAACUUUAUCCCAGAUUCGCUUUCCUCCUCUCAUUUCCAGACCUAAUUUUCCAUUUUGGGAGAUAAUCAAUGGGGAGGAGGAAGCUCGAGAUUAAGCGAAUCGAAGAUAAGAGCUCGCGCCAGGUUACCUUCUCCAAGCGCCGCAAUGGAUUGCUCAAGAAAGCUAAAGAGCUAUCGGUGCUCUGCGAUCUGGAUAUCGGCGCCAUAAUCUAUUCCUGCCGAGGCAAGCUCUACCACUACUGCAGCACCAACAGCUUGAGUGAGAUCCUGCAACGAUAUCAUAGUCGUGCUGAGACAGAGGCAGGCCCCUCCACUCAAGUUUGUGAGAAACAGGCUAAAUAUUCGCGUUUCAUGACAUGUGAGGAGCUCCUACAAGUAGUGGAAAGGGAGUUUGAGGAGCCAUCCGCUGACGACCUCAGCGUCGCCGACUUUAUGCAUCUUGAGAAACAAUUUGAGACUGCACUAAUACAGGCCAGAGCAACUAAGACACAUUUGCUUCUGAAGACUAUAUCAAGCCUUGAGGAAAAGGAAAAGCUGUUGGAGGAAGAGAAGAUACUGCUGCAGGAGAAGAUCAACGGGAGCAAGGGCAAGAGCAAGACGAAGAUACCGACGAUCGAUCUCAACGCGCUUCCUUUCGAGGAGAGAAUGAGUGAUUAGCUCAAGCUCUCAGAAUGUAACAAUGUCGUCGACAAAUAAGAGUGUCAUCAUCGCCACCAUACAGUAACAAUAAACACAUUCAUAGCUUUGUUUUUAUUACAUUCUGAAAGCCCGAGCAAAUCAUACAAUUUCCUCUUUCUUCUCCAGUUCGAUAAGCAUGAGUGAAACCAGCCAUGUAUAUAUAGUGGAUAGAAACAAGGAAAAGCAAUUUUAAGUUUUUAACAUCCGUGGUAAAAUGUAAAAAAGUAAAAACACUACGUCCAAUUGUAUUUGUAUUUCUAGUUGCGAGGUGCGAUGAGGAUUGGCCAAAUUAUGCGGUGGGAUAUUUAAGUUGAGAAAGAUACUCCACUUGUGAUUAAUUCUACUUAAAUCUACGUUAUUUAGUCUA